AUGCACACUCUAAAAGUGCCCUUCAUCGUCUCUCCAGCCUCAGCCUCGUCCCCCACCUCCUCCUCCCCGUCAACCCGGCUGGAGGGUCUGGGCACCACAGCCAGAGCACCCCCUGCUUUGGCGGCGACUGCUAAUAUUGACCCGACCAGCAGAUCAUCGGCCGGGCAGUUUCAGCAGAGAGCUUUGGGCACCAGUGACUCCCCCGUCCUCUUCAUCCACCGCCCGGGAGCUUCGGGGACUACGCAGCGACUAGAGUACAGGGGCCGAAGAGUCACUGCUGAGCUCCUUGAGGAGGAGGUGGAUCCCAAGACCCAGGGCCCGGCAUCUCACCCAGCUGAGCCCCCAGCCCAGGCUGCCCCCCAGCUGGAGCCACAGCCCGAGUCACAGCCAGCCAGAGCUGCUGGAGAACCCAGCCCAGAGGUGAGCUGCUGUGGCCUGUGGCCCAGGUGGUCCCCUCGCGCUCAGAACUGA